AUGGCUAAUGAAGAGAGAUUUGUAGUAUUAAUGCACUAUAGAGGGUCGAUUAAGAAAAAAACACGGUCAGGAAUUAAGUUCACUGAUAAGGAUCCCCUUAGUAUUUUUCUGAAACCUUCAACUAGUUUCAAUGAGUUCUUGAAUUCUAUAAUCCAAAAGUUGGGGUUACAAGGCGUGAAACGGGUUGAGAAGUUGCUUUAUGGAAUCCCGAUCUCAGUUUUACAGGAUGACGUGAAGUACAAUUCAUUAGUAAUAGGUAGUGAUGAGGAUUUGGAAGUUCUAUUUCAUUGUCGCCAGCAGUUUCCCGAGGUGAGGACGCCUGAGUUGUUGGCCAAGCUUGUGGAUGUGGUUUCCAGCUCAGGCGGUUCAAACCGGAACCCUCAAGCCGUUGCAACGGCCGCAUGUUCUACUUCGAGGCCAAGUGGUGCCUUGUCAUCGAUGCCUGUGAUUGCGCCUGAGGCAAUGUUGGUUGCAUCCCCAUCAUUCGCAGUGGAUCUAAACCGCAGUGGUGACGGAGCAGUUGGUAUUGUUGAUACGGCACCGGUUUCGUUGCAUGGGUUCGCACCGGAUGGUGUAGAUGAUGUAUUACGGGAUGAUGAUGAGGAUGACGAUAUGGAGCCAGACAUGAUUGCUGAUAAGAGUGGUGAAGAUAUAGUAGGGAGCAAUCCAGUUGGGAGUGCGGGAGGGUCUGGUUCUGGGACGCAGCAGUACCCCCCUCACUUUUUCACGUUGGACUUGGAUGCCAUGAGAUAG